GAAACAGUUGAGCUUUUUCGUGCUAGAAUGCCAUUACGGAAACACCGUUGUCGCUUCAAAAGUUACGAACAUUGCUUCACAGCGGCGGAAGCUGUGGAUUGGCUACACGAGCUAUUGAGGUGCAGUCAAAACUUUGGCCCCGAAGUGACCCGCAAACAAACAGUCCAGCUGUUAAAAAAGUUCCUGAAGAAUCAUGUCAUUGAAGACAUCAAGGGAAAAUGGGGCCAGGAAGAUUUUGAAGACAACAGUCAUUUGUACAGAUUUCCUCCUUCCUCACCUCUGAAACCAUAUCCAAAGAAGCCCUCAUACCAAAAGGAUGUUAUUAAGUUUCCAGAAUGGAAUGAUCCCCCACCAGGCACUUCACAAGAAAACAUCCCAGUACGGCCAGUUGUUAUGAAUUCUGAGAUGUGGUACAAGCGUCACAGUAUUGCUAUUGGAGAGGUGCCGGCUUGCCGUCUUGUCCACCGCAGACAGCUGACGGAGGCCAAUGUAGAAGAGAUAUGGAAGUCUAUGACAUUAUCAUAUUUACAGAAAAUCCUUGGUCUACAUUCAUUAGAAGAAGUUUUAGACAGCAAACUUGUCAACUCCAAGUUCAUCAUCCAUAAUGUAUAUAGUGUUAGCAAGCAGGGAGUUGUUAUCCUUGAUGACAAGUCAAAAGAACUUCCGCAUUGGGUACUGUCAGCUAUGAAGUGUUUGGCAAAUUGGCCUAAUUGUGCAGAUUUGAAACAGCCUAUGUACUUAGGAUUUGAAAAAGAUGUCUUUAAAACUAUAGCUGAUUACUAUAGUCACUUGAGAGAGCCUCUGCUUACAUUUCAUCUUUUUGAUGCUUUUGUCAGCGUAUUAGGUUUGUUACAGAAAGAGAAAAUGGCUGUUGAAGCAUUUCAGAUUUGCUGCCUCUUCCUGCCACCUGAAAAUAGGAGAAAGUUACAACUGUUGAUGAGGAUGAUGGCAAGACUCUGUUUAAACAAAGAGAUGCCACCACUGUGUGAUGGCGUUGGCACCCGAACACUGAUGGUUCAGACAUUUUCCCACUGCAUCUUGUGUUCCAAGGAUGACGUAGACUUGGAUGAAUUAUUAGCUGCUAGGUUGGUGACGUUUCUCAUGGACAAUUACCAGGAGAUUCUGAAAGUUCCUGUGGCCUUGCAGACCUCUAUAGAGGAACGUGUAGCUCACCUACGAAGAGUUCAGAUAAAAUACCCAGGAGCUGAUAUGGAUAUCACUUUAUCCACCCCAUCAUUUUGCCGUCAAAUUAGUCCAGAGGAAUUUGAAUACCAAAGAGCAUAUGGCUCUCAGGAACCUCUGGCAGCUUUGUUGGAGGAAGUCAUAACAGACACCAAACUCUCUAGCAAAGAGAAGAAGAAAAAACUGAAGCAGUUUCAGAAAUCCUAUCCUGAAGUCUACCAACAACGAUUUCCUACACCAGAAAGUGAAACACUUCUGUUUCCUGAAAAACCCAAACCAAGACCACAGCUGCUGAUGUGGGCACUAAAAAAGCCUUUCCAACCAUUUCAAAGGACUAGAAGUUUUCGGAUGUAAUUCUGCAGACUGUAGAGACCUCUGUUGUUGUUGUUGUUGUUUGAGUGAUGGAUGUGUUGAUGGAAGAAAGAAUAGCAUAAAAUAUAAACUACUGAAAUAAAAGAUUAUCAACUUUUAAAAUAUGUUUAGCCAUUAUCAGUAUUUUUAUAAAGCAAUGCUAUUUUUAAAACGUACAAAUCAAUUAAAAAUUAUGGGUCAAAUGUAUAGUGGCAAUGUUAACAUGUUUGUAAUUGCUACAAAAUUAAAUGUAAUGUAUUUUCAUCUUUUUAUUUGUUGCUGUUUUUCAUGGUGUUUAAUAAAAUAAAAGUAAUUGUGUGUAUAUUCUUGUUACUGAUGUUUUUGCUGUAACCAAGUCUUAAAAGUAGUGUAUAUACUUGAAUAAGAAAUACACUGGGUACUGUUACUGUGAUGCUAUUGACUUAAUAGCCAAAUGUGAUUUCUGUUGUGUAAAUUCUGUUUUACACUGCUGCUUGAAGGUUCUUAAUGUUCUGUGUUGUGAAUGGCUGUUGUUUUUGUUUAAUGUAAAUAUGUUGGUUAUUCUGACAGAUUUUACUAAAGCUGAUUCUUUCAUAACACCAGCAUUAACUGGUGUUUACCUGUAAGUGGAGUAGAUUUUUACUUGCCUGCAGUGGUAUUAUUUCAGACUUGGCUAAAGAUGGAAAGAUGAAUUGGAUGAUAAAUUCUUUGGGUUCCCUUAGAGCUGUUACUCUAAGUCACACACACACACAUAUACAUAUAUUUGUGUGUGUGUGAAAAAC